AUGCCCCGUUCCAGCAGUCGGGAGCACGCCGGCCGGAGGCGCAGUCUCUUCAGCAUACCCUCUUUUACCCAGAUUCAUCCUACCACCACCACUCGCGACUCUCCGGACAAGCUGAACAAGGACUCCUCCAAGACUCUAAAGAAGCGUCGCGGCCCCACUCUCGUCACCAACCUUGAAUCCUCACCAGAGCUGGUCCAUGAUGAGGAUCCUUCGCCCAUCUCAGCGGGCACUUUACCUUCUCCCAAGCCAGUCACACGCCCUUCCUUGAGUGUCCGUAGUGGUGGUCGUCCUGUCUCAUCUGUCUUUGGCUCACUGCGAUCCAUGCGUUCCAUGCACGAAGACGACACUCCUUUAACCACCACCUCAAGUCGAACUCCAUCUAUCAACUGGGCCGAUUUCGAUACCAGCCAUUGCCGGAAAGGACGGGUUCUGCACCAUGGCGAAGUACAAACCAGCAGUAGCAUGUUUCGUAAGAAGAAAGAGUACCUGGUUCUGACCGACACACAUAUCUUGCGCUACAAGAACCAGUCAAAAGCCGCCGAAUCUAUCGGCAGUGUCCCUCCUCCGUUCGGAAGAAGUCCGACAAUUCGUCAUAGCUCGACCAAUUCCAUUGGCUCUUCUCAGGAUCUACAAUCUCUACACUCGGAUUCCUCCGGCGACAAGGAAGGCCGAGUUACGCUUCGUCACAUUGUUGCUGUCCACAGACUCGAUGAUGGCCGUCCCUACUUUGCCAUUGAGGUCUGCUAUCUGGACGAGGACGGCUCUCAGGCUUCAGCCAUGGUCAUGCAGUUUGGAGAAUCUGAGGAUCGUGAUUUGUGGUUGCGCUCGAUCCGCCAGGCUGCCAAUAAAGCUCGACUACAAGAUGUUAACCCUAUUUCUGUCGUCAACUCNAAAAAUGCCGCAAGAGCUGUGGAGCGCGAGAACGAUUACGAUCCUGCCAACUAUGCCAUUUACAAAGUCAUACAGCGCCAGUUUUCGAAAUCACGAUCCUCCACCGACGACUUAUCUAAAAUCGCAUCUACCGUUUGCUUCCUGGCCAUUGGAAUCCACAAGGUCCAUGUGAUACCUCUAGUGAAGACUACCAGUCGUGUUUCAUCACCUUCUCUAUCAGCAAGCAAUGUGCCAACAUCGUACGGCAUCCUCAAUAUGACGGCUGUUCGAGUGAGCCAUUCAGACGACCAUUUCGAGCUCACCUUCCGACAACCCCUUAAGCGACCGAAAACACUAUAUCUGGCUUCUCUGGCUUCUCAUGAUAUCGCCCUUCGUCUUCACCAUGUUGAAAACGUCCUUCGUCCGGAGUGUGCUUCUCGAAUGUUCAAAUUCAGCGUCCCACAGGAAAUCGACGAUCAGCUUCCUCCUACAGUGGAUUCGGAAGCGGAAGACCAUUGCUGCUUUGAGCGCACGCUUACGGCAUACUGCAUUGCAUACGAUGUUAAUCCAUCAAAUAUCUGCUAUACCAUUGAUUAUUCGUGCGAGGAUGCGCCUCGCUUCCAAUUGCUUCCAUUAGCGGAUGCGCGUCGACAAAAGUAUAGUGCAGCCGAACUGUUAGCUGUUAUGCGGGCUCUACGAUACAAUGAAUCGUUCAACUCGCUCUCCUUUGCCGAUGUACAACUCGAUGUACUCAACGGACUUCACGACAACUAUGGCUCUGAGCAUGUCUGCACUAGAACGAAACGAGGAACCCCAAUCCGCCUGACCACAGAAGAGCUUACGCAAUCGUGUCUCUUGAUCCAGGAAGUUCGUGCGCUGGCUGCGACGAACAANAAGCUUCGAAGGAUGGAUUUCUCUAGGUGUAUUGUCGCAAAACCUCCGGAUUAUACGGAUGACUUGGAGGCUAAAGUCAAGGACAUUGGAUGUGGUGUGGUCGAAGCUCUUUCUCCACUUUGCAAGCAUCAAAUCACAAACGUUGAUUGGAUCGCAUUGAACGGCAUCCAUCUCAGCGAGACUGAUCUUGAUUAUCUAGUUGGUGCAGCUAGUGAUAAAGCCUGUCACUUCCGUUCCAUUGAGCUGAGCAGAUGUUCAUUGACUGACCGUACACUGAGCUUGAUACUGGAUUCUCUUCGCGCUCAGGACAAUACACUGGAAGCCUUGGACAUUUCUGGAAAUCUUGCAAGACUCGCACCUGCCGUGUUCGAUGGACAGAUUAGUGUGUUUGGGUUUAUCCGCAAGCUCAACUUAUCNUUUGCAUCUCGAACUUCAGGAGCCGAACCUUUAUUCAAUGCUGAAACUCUUCUCACCUGGCGUUUGGAAGAGCUCAGGUUGACUGGCACAUCUCUAAAUGAGAAUACGAUCCAGGCCCUCGCAACAUAUCUCAAGCAUCCGCAGUCUGAUACACUUCGCGAGUUGUAUCUGGACUCUGCAUACAUGUCCGGUAGUGACAUUGCAACCAUCAUGCGCGCCACUAAGCGAGGUUCAAUUGAGCCUCGUUCCCUCCAUCUUGACAUCAGUCACAACAACAUCACCAAGGAUCACGAUCAACUAUGCAAAGCGAUCUCGGACGAUUCAACACCCACUCACAUCACCCUUCGUGCCAUUGAGUAUCGUGAAGAGUCUGUAUUCCGACAUCUGAUUAAUGCAAUGAGGAAGAAUAAGAGCAUCAGAUAUCUCGACAUCUCAAGGACGACACUACCCAGUGAUGCUAACGACGAAACAAGUCGUGCACUAGAAUCACUCUUCGCGGAAAACUGUACGCUCGAGGAACUAGACAUUUCAGGAGAGGACUCGCGCCUAGAAACUUCGCGAUUUGGCGUUGGGCUCAACCAAGCAUUAAACGGUCUUCGCCACAAUACAGGCUUGCAUGUCCUUCGAGUUCAAUAUCAGAGACUCGGUCUGCCUGGUGCUAGUAUGCUAGCAGAAGUCUUGAAGGCUAACAGAACGUUACGAGAAUUGCACUGUGAGCAUAACGACAUCCCUCUUUCCGCUUUCACCAACAUGAUCAACGCAUUGGGCAAGAACACGACACUGGUCUACAUGCCGUACAUGGACGAGAGCCGCUUAGCAGCUCUGAAGCAGACGGAAACACAGGUCAAACAGAUACGCGAUGAGGUACCUACCUCCACUUCACCUCUCAAACCUACUAUCUCUGCCCCUCUUUCCAAGCCACUGCCCUCAUCUUCGUCUUCAUCAGCUCUACGUAAAGGCCUUGCGAGCAUGAAGAGGAGUGUCAACCGCAGCACUGCACCAGCGCCUCCCUCCUUCCCAUCAUUGGCACCUUCACCGCGGCAUACCGCAUCUCCACUCGUUUCAUCGCGUCCAUUCUCGCCCUCGAAGACCAAAGUCAACAACAUCGUCAGCACACCUAUAUCCGCACCAUCUGUCUCGCUCACUGAUCAAGACAUACAAGCCGCUUUGCGUCUGGUAACGGAGUCUUGGGAUCGCCAACAGUACCGACUGCAGCAAUAUCUUGAAAGAAACUGCUGUAUACUGCAUGACAUACCCACAUCUAUGGAGAUCGAAGAAGAAGCUUUCGAACGUGCCACUAGCGUCGGUACCUUGUCCCAGCUCAUCGAGAAGGUCAAGCUGGAUUCCACGCCCACUGCAGAAAAAGAGCUAGACUUUGGUGAUGGAUACGGAUUGUCCGAGGUUAGUGUUGUUGGGAGCGAGGAUGACAUGCAGCCUCAAGCAGGACUAAGACUUUCUCUACCACCACGAUUGCAAUUGUUACACGACGUCGAAGAACACGAACAACCAUCUGUCAGCUUCAAGCAAUUUCUGCUGGGCCACCACGACAUGAGUAGUCCUGAGGACACAGUUGAUGGCGUGAGUUCUUCAGGCGCAGCCACCGAAGGCGAAGACAGCGAAUUGCCUAGCCCUGUGCUCGAGAUGGGAGGACCCGCCCACAAAGGAUUUGCUGGUCUAGGCAUCAACCAAGGAGAUCUCAAAACACCUACCCAGAAGAGUUUCUUUGGUUGA